ACCAAGUGCCUCCUCAUGGAAUGGCUUCACUCUCUCCCAAUGUUGGUUCUAACCCAUCAACUCCCACAAAUAUUGCACCAUCACCUGGUACAGACGAUGCAAAUCCACAUUCCAGUUCAGCCGCCAAUUAUGUGGAAGAAUGUUCCAAUAGUCGUCCAAUGAUUACACCUGUUGGAGGAGGGUUUUAUCCUACAAAAACUGCAUCGAAGGCAAUCACAGCCACCAUCAAGCAACAGUUUGAUGAGCCAUGGCUAACAUGGGGCUCAAUCCCUAAGUCAACCAGAGAUGUCUUCUUCGAACGUUUUAAGAGAAAGGUUUCAUGGAAGCCUGAAGAUGAGGAAAAGGUAAAAAAGAAUUAUCACACCAAGGCAUCUCAUAGACUCUCAGAGAUGUAUAAAAAAGCUAGAACUAUUGGAAAAAAAACCUGAUUGGCUGGGGGACGAUACUUGGAAUGCUCUUUUGGAAAAGUGGAACAUGCCACUUUAUAGACAAAAGUGUGAAACGCCAAAGAAGAAUUGGACAUCUGAAAAGGGUGCUUGUUU